ACAUUGAGUGUAACAGCAACGUAGCUAGUAAGUUCCGAACAGCGGCGGGAGGCACCUUAAUUCUGAUUCCGUGUGGAUUGAUUCAAAGUACUCCGAUGGAUUUAUGCGAGAGGGAUUAUACCCCAAGUUGCUUAUGAUUUUUAUCCCGGGAAAAAAUGUUUGUCCUCCUCUUUGCUAAUCAAUUUAAGGAGGAAAAGAAGAAAGCCUAAUUAAACAGGGCAAGCGAUAAUGCUAUUUCUGGUGGUUGUUUUCAAAUAACACGAUGGAUAUUCUCUGGAACCGUAUGUUUACCCGAUUUUUCUGUUCGACAAAAGAAAUAUUAUUCUGGCGGCGGAUUUUUUGAGAACAUGACCGAGUUGAGUGAGUUACACCCCUUUACAUCAGCGGACGGUGUAUAUAUUCAGCGAUGCUGAUCCUAGGCGUGACGCUUGUUUUCCUUCUAUCACAUGUGUCUUUGUGCAUGGAAAAUCCACACAGAGUCGCUGUCCUAGGGCAUCAAGGAAUAUCAAUUCAAGACAUACACUCCUUUUUAGUAAAACUGGAUCCCUACCACGAAUUUGACCUUGUGCGUAUUCCAUCAACCUAUCCGAAAAUGACGUUUGACAACAUUAGAAAUGCUUCAAACUUCAUUGGCAAACAGAAUAUCUCAGCUAUCAUUGGUACAUACAGUGAAAUAUAUCAUCAUGCAACCUGCUAUCAAAGAGUACCCUACAUCGUCACAUCCGGUCUGCCACAUGACGUCACGGAGAGUCCUUUCUUGUUAAACAUUUUACCUGGGAUGUAUAGCUAUGCUUUGGCAAUUAAUGACAUUGUGACGUAUUUUGGCUGGAAGAGAGUGGCUGUAGUCUACGACUGGGAAGAAGAUAUAUUACCUCUUCACAUGUUUCGUCCUCCAAUAAUGUCUUUACUAGUGGAUAGACACCCAACAGACCUUAAGGCCUACAACAUACGUCAUAAUACGUCAUCAGCCCACGUCAGAGGCAUCCUGCGGGACCUCCGCAACAGAUUCAUCGACAGAAUAAUAGUUAUUUGCUCAUCACUCAAUACAAAUAUUGUUUUAACUCAGGCUUUGUACCUGAGCCUCCUCUCCCGUCCAUAUGAAUGGCUGAUUGCAAAUGUGGGGACAGACGUGGCUGUCUUAGACGAUUACCUAGAUUCCCGCGUUAAUCUGACGUCACUUCUACUAAUGAUCAACAGUAACCCGGAUGAUUGUGCCUUGGGGAAGGGGAACGUUUCCUUGUCUAAUGCCGUCCUACACGACGCCUUCAAGAUUUACAUGAACAUUCUAGAACAACAUGUGAACAAAAACAGACUACAGAUGAGGAAAGCGUUACGAAAUAUUCGCGUUGAUGGUUGUACUGGAAAACUCUCCUUUUCAAAAAUGGGUGUCAGAAAUGAAACAUAUCUCCAGCUCAAAUCUCUGGCAACAGAUCGAGAUGGAAUGACCUAUUUAUUUCAGUAUGGGACUUGGAGGAGCGGCAAGGAGCGGCUGAUGGAACGAAUUCAGCCGUCGCACACUUACAGGUCAAUGAUGAACAAGGACGCUGAGCAUUCAUUUACAGAUAAUAGAAUUAGAGUCACUACUAAGCUGGAGCCGCCUUUUGUUCAGUGGAAGAAUGAUUCCGGGGGUGGCAAUAAAACGACAGACAUCGGGGACCAACUCGAAGGAUUUCUUAUUAGUAUAUUCGAGAAGUUAGCAGACGACAUAGGAUUCGAUUUUAAUAUUAGCUUAGUACCAGACGGAAAGUAUGGUAGUUACAAAGGCAAAGUAAGAGGUUGGACGGGAAUGGUUCGGCAACUUUUAGAUAAUAAGGCUGAUAUUGCUUUGGCACCUUUCCAAAUAACACCCUCCCGAUCUAGAGUUGUCGACUUUCCAAAACCAUUCAUGACAAAAGGAACCAGUUUAGUCGUUAGAAAACCUGAGAGGAGUGUGUCCCCUUUUCAAUUUCUUAUGCCGUUAUCUCAUGUUGUGUGGAUUAAUAUUUUUGUGGCAUAUAUAUUUACAGCUUUAAUGCUCUUUGGUGUAAGUCGUGUGAACUGUGAUAAGCAUGAAAGCUGUUUGAACAACUUCCGGGAAAGUUUCUGGUAUAUAUGGGGUACUCUUUUACGAGGGAAUCUGACCCAAUCCCCCACUGGUAUAUCAAGCAGAAUAGUCAGCAGCGCAUGGUGGUUCUUUUCUUUAAUAGUGAUUUCAGUUUAUACAGCUAAUUUAGCGGCUUUUCUAACCAUUUCUAAUGCUCACAUACCUAUAUCUUCUGCUGCUGAUCUUCCAAAACAAAGUGAUUACAAUUAUGGUACUGUAGAAGGAAGCCAAAUAGAAAACUUUUUCAGCCAAACAAACAUCAGUCACUAUCAAACUAUGUACGCACAUAUGAGAAUUACAGAUGGAGCUAUAGUAAGGAGGGUGGAAGAUGGUUUCCGCAAAGUCCGCACAGAAAAAUAUGCCUUUCUUUGGGACUCUCCUAUAAUACGUCAUGCAAUUUCUACUGAUUGUAACUUGAUGGAGAUAGGGAGUCCCUUUGACCUGAAGGGCUAUGGCAUGGCAGCAAGAAAGCAUUCACCACUAACGGAAAAGCUCUCUCUUGGAAUUUUGAAAUUAAAUGAUAAUGGAGAAUUAUACAAACUGGAAGGAAAAUGGUUUGGUAUCCCUACCUGUCCAGACCCGCGUUCCAGUGCAAAGAGCCAAGAGAUUAAAAUGGGCGUGGCCUCUGGAAUGUUUUAUGUUUUGACAGGGGGUCUUGUCCUUGCUUGUAUUGUAUUCAUAAUACAAUGGCUAUAUCAUAAACGUUCCAAGAACCAAGAUCGAGAAAACAAACAAGAGCAAAGUAAGGCAGAAGAAAACAAUAUUCACAAUCACACGGACCGCAAUACCUCAUCAGAACUGGGGAAGGAUAGGGAUGAUGAACUGAUCACUGUGUUGACUAGAACACUGAGUAUCGGUGAGAAUUCAGUCCACAGUAGGUGGCAAGGGGAACAUUUAUAACAGCAUAUUGCAAGUGUCACAACGUCUUCCACACGCACAUGUUUUCUUCAUAAGAUUCAUUUCAACAUUCUCUGCAUUAUCUUCAUUUUUAUCAGAAUUUUUCCAUUUGUCAAACACUGUAUUCAAAUGACUUGUUUGUGAUAUUGUAUAAAGUUGUAUUAGAUAAACGAUAAAUAGGGAAUAUGUGACGUUUAUGCAAACUGGUUGAUUUUGAUGCCAGUAAACUAGUUUUUUAUUUGUUUGUUUAACAUCUCAGGAAUAAUUUAUUUGUUUUAUUGUCUUUUUUUUCAUUUUAGUUAUUUUCAUUAUCAUUGACGAGUAUCAUCUAACAUAAUGAUUAGUUUUGCGUCACAGCUGGUGUGAUAAAAUACUUUUGAUUUGCAUCAAAUCAUAUAUUUUCAUUUUCUUGGAGAGAUAAAUAAGUAUUAAAAAUUCAUUUGACAAUAUAAUUUUAACAAUCGAUUAAGUAACAGUUAUACCCGGUAGUGUAAGGAAUAAGUUUAAGAAAGCUGUUGAAUGUAUUUAUUUUAUAUUGUGAAGAGUCAAUAAUUCUACUUUGUCAUGUGAUAUAUCUGAGGCUAUUUUAAAAUGCAAGUCCAAUUCUAAUUCAUUCUGAUAUAUGACAAAAUCUUAAAAUUCGAUUGGAUUUUAAUUACUUUUUGAUCAUAAUCAUUCAUUUUUGUCUGAAUAAUGUUGGGGGAUGAAAAUGUGCUCAGUUUGAUGUUUAUGGUUCCUUCCCAGUAAUUACUUAAUUGAAUUGAAACUGUUGGUUCAAUGAAGUCGAUGAUAGAUGAAUACUACCGUCAACUGCUCAAUAACUCAGAAAAACACUUAUAAAAUUGUGAGCUAAAUUAAAUAUUGAAAUAUCAAACACACACGAACUUUUACAAUUAUUCUUUUGAAUUGCUGUUUAAACAGUUCUAGAUUUGAGGGGAAUUUGAUUUGCUAUCAAUUGUUUGCAAGCUAAAUUUGUUUCUGCAAUUAUUUUGUCAAUGUUACAAAAUUUAAUUUGCUUUCUCGUGUAAUUUCUAUUAUUUGAGUCUCUAUCUAAAAUUUUAUUAAGUUCGGUUAGUUUUUUUCUUUUCGUUUUGAUCGAAGCUUUUUGAAAAUAUUGACAUGAUAUAGUUGGACUCAGUAUGUUAGAAAUAAGGUUCAAUUCUAUUUUUUUUAUUUACCUGAUUCAAUGUACAGCAUUCAAAAGUUGUAAAUGUUAUCUUUAAAGCCUCGCAUAAUUAAGUUGCAACCCUGCAAUUCCUAUUGAUUCCUUUUGAAAAUCCUCAUGAAUUAGUGCUAAACUUAAGCCUCACUUUUAAUCAUUUCAUGCUGCAUUUUGUCACAACAAAACUCAUUUUUGGGCGGAUUAGCUAACUUUAUAUUAAGCUGAAGUAUGUACAUGUACAUAAUAAAGAGGUGAAUGAUAUCUGUACUCUUGAUGAAUUUAUGUGCCUUAAUAAAAUGUUUUUCUUGCA